AAUUCGAUAUGAGCGUUUGUCAGCACCAGAGCCUUUUAAGAGUCCCGGAGUCUUUUUACCGGUCCAUGCAACUUUUCUGUUAUACUGAUACACAAUAAAAAAUCUAGCCACAUGCAUAUAUAUAAAUUGUCUGUAUUCUUGUCUAGAUAUUCCAUUUCUUGAUAAACCCAAGGCUCCAUUUGUUUUUAUUCCAACUGGGUAGUAAUUUUUAAUGCUCUUUUCGAGGCUUAAGAUGAGGUUCUUUAAGGAUUUUUUGUUGCUGAUCAUACUGGAACUUGCAGUAGCAAAAUUUGCUCUAGGAGAAAUUCCAACAACCCUUGAUGGACCAUUUGAUCCGGUCAGUAUUCCGCUGGAUGACACUUUUCGAGGGCAUGCUGUAGAUUUGCCAGACUCUGAUGAGAGGCUAAAGAGGACUGUUCAUGGCUUUGAGCCUGAGCAAAUCUCUGUUUCCCUCUCCUCUACUCAUGAUUCUGUUUCCAUUUCAUGGAUUACAGGUGAAUUCCAAAUUGGAGAUGAUAUCAAGCCUUUGGAUCCAAAAAGUGUAGCAAGUGUAGUUCAUUAUGGGAGGGUGAGUUUUGUGUUGAAUAAAAAAGCUAUGGGGCACUCUCUUAUUUACAGUCAACUUUAUCCCUUUGAAGGCCUAAAGAAUUAUACUUCUGGUAUCAUACACCAUGUAAAGCUUACAGGAUUAAAGCCACAAACAAGAUACUAUUACAAAUGUGGAGACCCUUACAUGGCAGCAAUGAGCAAAGUCUUGAGUUUUGUGACUAUGCCUGCAUCUGGUCCUCAGAGUUAUCCAGGCAGGAUUGCUAUAAUGGGGGACCUUGGUCUCACAUAUAAUUCUACUUCUACAGUUGAUCAUAUGAAAAGCAACAACCCUGAUCUUGUUCUCUUGGUUGGAGAUGUAUCCUAUGCUAAUCUUUAUCCGACAAACGGAACAGGUUCUGACUGUUAUUCGUGCUCGUUCUCUGACACUCCUAUACACGAGACGUAUCAGCCUCGAUGGGAUUACUGGGGAAGGUAUAUGCAGCCUCUGAUUUCUAGAGUUCCGGUGAUGGUUGUGGAAGGGAAUCAUGAGAUAGAACUGCAAGCUGGAAAUCUGACAUUUGCAGCUUACAGUUCUAGAUUUGCUUUUCCUUCUCGCGAAAGCAAAUCUGCAUCGACGAUGUAUUAUUCGUUCAAUGCUGGUGGAAUACAUUUCCUGAUGCUUGGCUCCUAUGCUCCGUAUAAUAAAUCAGAUCCUCAGUACAAGUGGUUGAGACGAGAUCUGGCUAAAGUCGACAGAGAAGAGACUCCAUGGCUUGUAGCUCUGUGGCAUGCACCCUGGUACAGCAGCUACAAACCACAUUACAGAGAAGCUGAGUGUAUGAAGGUUGCGAUGGAAGAAAUGUUAUACAAAGCUGGAGUCGACAUAGUUUUCAAUGGUCAUGUUCAUGCCUAUGAAAGAUCAAACAGAGUAUACAACUACGCUCUAGAUCCCUGCGGUCCAGUUUAUAUAACAGUAGGAGAUGGUGGAAACAGAGAGAAAAUGGCAAUCAAACAUGCCGAUGAGCCUGGUAACUGUCCAGACCCAUCUAAAAGUCCAGACGAAUUUAUGGGCGGAUUUUGUGCAUACAAUUUUACAUCAGGCCCUGCAGCUGGUAAAUUCUGCUGGGAUCGACAGCCUGAAUAUAGUGCAUACAGAGAAAGUAGCUUUGGCCAUGGGAUCCUAGAGGUAAAGAACGAAACUCAUGCAUUGUGGACAUGGCAUAGGAAUCAAGACAUGUACGACGAGGCUGGCGAUCAGAUUUAUAUUGUAAGGCAACCUGAUAGGUGCCUAGUUGAAUAGAAGGUAACCACACAAAACAUGUAUUCACAUAUAAGUUCCAGACAAGGUAUCAUAUCCAUAUGAAAACAUGCAACAUUGAAUUCA